AUGGCGUUUGAUCAGGAUGUCCCAGCAUCCGAAAUGUCCUCCCUCUGCUCCGCAUGCCAUGGACUCCUACUAGACGACGAAACAAUCUUUCAAAGCGGAGUUGUCGAAAAAAUAUGGGAAGACAAUACCGCCCUGCUGUUUCGGUGCCUCGAUUUGGGUUUGAAAGACGGGUAUAUCUCCUCAACUUUUCGGCCCAGCGCAGUGUCUCGUAUAUCCCAUGAGAAGGAGCAGUUCUUUAAGCAUAUACCCCUGAAGUAUUCGAGGGUAGACACGUUUCCAGAUUUUCCGGAAUUGACGAAAUCAUCGGACGAUGGUUGCGCAUUUUGCCGUCUGCUGCUUGAGCAGAUCAAGCUAACGUUGGGGACUGUAACUAUAAAUCCACGCUCCUCCAAUGCCGUGUUGAGGGAUAAUGAGAAUCCGUUACGUCAAUAUUGCCAAACGGAGGAUACAUUAAGCGUCACCACACUUGACAAUGAGCAUACUCCAAAAGGCACUUCUUCAGCAACAAGCUCGUUAGGGGACUCACACGCCGGGUUGUGGGCAGACUUUGCCGAGAAUGAAGCAGUUCAAAUCAGUUUUGUCUACUUCUUAAAGCAGUAUCAAAGUGAAGAUAGUCCAUGGGCUACGAACGUGACGCACACACCAUGGGACACGGUCGGCCUUGCGAGACUGUCGGCCAAGGUUUCCAAACAGGGUCAACAUAACAUGCUCUAUAAGUCGGGCUGUCUUGACGGGGAAGGCCCUUUGGAGUUAGACGAAGACCCAUUUGACUUCUCAGAAACGCAUAUCAACUUCUCCGUCAAGAUUGAUAACGAAUUCACCAAGGUGGGCAAAUACUUGCAAAUUUACGAGUUUCCCAUUGAAUCCUUUGCGUUCAGCGCCACAAAUAGAGUCAGGGUCCAAACCUGGCUUCGUCAAUGUCAACGAUCUGACGAUGAUGUCUGCGGCUCAAACGCUCCAAGCCGCCAUCAUAGCAAGCACUCCGCACCCACGAGACUUCUAAACGUCGGUGAGCCGGGAAACUUCGACGGUAUUUUUUUACAAGUUCCCGCGGAAGGCCUGGAUAUCAACGACGACUCCUUCGAGUACAUAGCUCUGUCUUACCGCUGGGGCGGAAAGUUACCAUUAACUACGACGUCAGAGAAUCUAGCUCAAUGGAAGGUAAACAUUCCUUUCGAGAGGCUCCCUCCUCUGUUCCAAGAUGCCGUUCGUGUUACGUGGCUCCUUGGCAAGAAAUACCUCUGGAUAGACGCCCUUUGCAUCAUCCAAGGAGACACCGACGACUGGUGUCGUGAAUCGGCCAAGAUGUCAAACCUAUUCACCGAUGCGUUCUGCACCAUCGCUGCAACCGCAUCAAAUUCUCCGGAAGAGCCUUUCCUACAGUACAGAACAGUCUCGGCGUCUUCUUCACGUGUAAAGCUUCCAUUUCAAUCAACUCGGAAUCCAGAUGUCCAAGGCACAUAUAUCAUAGAGCCGCAGCCCAGUCCCCAGAACCACGUUCUACAAGAAAUUGAGUCAUCCCCCUGGGCAGAUCGAGGAUGGACCUUUCAGGAGCAGCAGCUCUCGAGGAGACUCCUCGUGUUUGGAAAGGAGAGAAUGCAUUUCCACUGCGAGUCGUACAGCUUACGUGAAGAUUGUCUAGUCUCCUUCCGCCGCCAACUUCCUCAGACGCUUGUUUUUCGUCCACCUCAGGGCGACGAAUGUAUGAGACCUCGACACCAAUACCAGCAAUGGUACUGCGCUGUUGAGGAGUACAGUCGGCGGAAGCUGACGUACUUUCAUGACCGGUUGCCUUCCGUGCAGGGAAUUGCUCAGGCUAUGUAUCGGGGUCUCCAGCUCCGCAAUAUAGAGGAUACGUAUGUAGCUGGUCUUUGGCGCAAUGAUUUACUCGUUGGUCUGGCCUGGAAAGCUGUACCAGGGCAGGCGAGCGAAGAGCAAGGGGGUUCGCAGAGAUACGUCGCUCCAACUUGGUCUUGGGCGUCGUACAACGGGCCGGUGGUUUUUGACAGAGCUUGUUUCGAAGAAUACCGUUUCUGUGAGGUUGAGGGCUGCAGUAUAAUUCGUGACCCUGGUGCAGAUGCUUUUGGUCUCGUGUCGGGUGCUUCUCUGGCGCUGAAGGGCCUCGUGUACCGUUGCGAGUCUCCUUCUCAGUUGGACAUAUCGACCAUGUGUAAGGGAACAGGUGAAAGUCGGGGGGACACUACUUUCAGAAGUGUACUUCGAUUUAACCCUGGUGUUAACUUGGACGGGGAAAAGCGGUACUCUGGUACCUUGAGCCUCCAGGAUAAAAGGUUCUGUUUGCUGGCAUUGUUUAGUGACUUGUCGUUCGACAGGAAGACUAUGUACUAUGGUCUGGUUCUUCAGGUGGCUUCGGUUGAGGGUGAAGACGUGUGGGUGCGGGUAGGUGUGUUUGUGAGCGAUGGGAUUGAUACUAGAAAAUGCGAUAAUCCGGGUAUGUAUCUCGAGAGUCAGGGCUGGACAUCAGAGACGUUGAUCCUUGUGUGA